GGGAAGAGCAAACACCGAGCACGGGCCUGGUGAAACACCUCCAUGAUGGCCUGAAGAAAAGGGGCCCAGGUAGGGCAAGAACUCCUGAGCCCCACAACAUCGAGCCAGGGGAAGAUUCCAACAUGGAGAGACAUCAGCUGGACUCAGCUGAUCCCAAAGCCUCCUCCUCUCCUGCCUCCAGAGUGUGGACAACACAGCGGGAUGGGGAGGUCAAGCUGAGGAUGGAGGACCAGGGAGUAGGCAGUGAACCACCAAAGACUGUUCACCAGCUCUUCCAAGAAGCUGUCAAUAAAUAUGGGGACUAUUACGCCCUUGCAUCCAAAAAAGGUGGCCAGUGGGUCAGACUGACAUACAAGAUGUACUAUGAUGAGUGCUGUAAAGCAGCAAAAAGCUUUCUCAAGCUGGGGCUGCAGCGUUUCCAUGGAGUGGGCAUCCUGGGAUUUAAUUCUGCUGAGUGGUUCAUUGCUGACAUUGGAGCAAUCCUUGCAGGGGGAUUUGCUGUUGGGAUCUACACAACAAACUCUCCCGAGGCCUGUCACUACGUGGCGGAGAACUGCAGUGCUGAUGUUAUAGUGGUGGAAAACCAGAAACAGCUGCAGAAAAUCUUAGAAAUUGAGGAUAAACUACCUCAGCUGAAGGCCAUUGUCCAGUAUGGGGAAGAGAUAAAGGAGAAGAGACCAAAUCUGUACUCGUGGAGUGAGUUCAUGGAGCUGGGCAAGGAUGUCCCAGACACUCUGCUCAACUUGGCCAUCGGGGCACAGAAGCCCAACCAGUGCUGCACCCUCAUCUACACCUCGGGGACCACGGGGCAGCCCAAGGGGGUCAUGCUCAGCCACGACAAUGUGAGUGUCUCCUCUGUCCUGCUGCCACCCCUGGGGCUGUGA